AUGGGCCUCACCAAGGCCGAGAACUCGCCUGGCCUCUCGUUCGAAUUCAACAACCCGCGUCAACACUAUUCACCCGGCGACGUGAUCAGCGGCCGAGUGAUCCUCAAUACUGCCGCCGACAGCGCUAUUGGCAAGCUGGUAGUUUCAUUCUGGGGCCGGGCAAAGUCACGCAUCAUCCAGCAGCAUGGCCAGACUGUCACAUACCACCGGGGUCGGACUCAGUUGUUCAAAAAGGAGUUGGUUCUGUACGAUGGCCAAUACACCCACAAGCCCGGAUCGUUCAGCUGGCCGUUUGAAUUCGCAGUGCCCGAGCAGGCGGAAGCAACGAGCAUUCUGAGCGGUGAGAAGUGGAAGCCCAAGGAGCAUUAUAGCGCCACCACAGAUGGGAACAAUCUCGACCUCACUCUUCCACCCUCGUGCUACCACAGAAGACACAUGUUCGGUCGUCAGGCAGAAUGUUUCAUUGAGUACGUCCUCGAGGCGAAUCUGACCGAGCCAGAAGGCCUACACCAUAUCCGCGGACCUCAGAGCAAGGUCUCCAGCUAUCCAAUUGUUUUCCACCCCUUGUCCACCCCCGAACCCAUUGAAAACUACAGCCUUACCACCGAUCAACGCCUCUUCACCUUCUCGACGUUGAAGCUUUUGCCGGAACAUGCAGGCACCAGUCUCGGAUUCAGGGAUCGCGCCCGCUCCAUCUUUCAGCGCGACUCCAUCCCCCGAUUCUCAUUCAACUUGGCCGUCCAAGCACCCAGCAUCAUUCAACUCUUUCAUCCGAAUCCCAUUCCAUUCCUUAUCACUGCGACACCAGACCUGUCUCCCAUGAACACUACCAUUGAUACCUCGACAUCUUUCCCCACUGUGAUUCUUCGUUCCGCCAAAAUCGAGUUGAAGACACACGUUCGGUGCCGCGCCGCAGGCACAUUUGCUGACAGCAAAACCUAUGAAAUCCCUGUGCUACCGUCCAAGGCUCUAAACCAUCCACUGACCAUGUCAUAUGGCAUGACAACGGCAUCGGAAGCGACACUUGACCUUGGGAAAUUGUGCGAUCUUCAUCUGGGUAACGCAAAACUGGGUUCUCGUCUCGAGACCCCUAUGUGCCCAAGUUUCACGACCUACAAUGUUUCAAGGUCUUAUCACCUCUUGUGGGAGCUGGAGAUCGAGUGUGCCGAGAAGACUGAAAAGUUCUCCUCUGUAAAGAACGGUCCUGAAAUCGCAAUCAUUCUGCCCCCAGCAACGGUACGUGUCGAGAGUGAUUUCGACAGCAAUUUGCUCCUGGGAGGAGAUCUUCAACAGGCCCUAUCAACAGAAAGCACAGGAUCUGCAUCAAGUUCUGGGUUUUGGUCUCGCCGAAGCCAUGAAAGCCGGGGUGGAGGGGAGAAGGAGAAAGCAAGAUUUGGACCGCCGAGUCCCUCAAGAAUUGGGGCCGGGAUCAGCGCCUUAGGCAUUGGCGACGACAGGAAGGCGAAUAAGUCCAAGGCCGAAGAGGCAGCUGAGGAUCGAGCACGGGCACGUCUUGAGGCAAUACAGGCUACAUAUCAAGCAAGGCAACAAAAUUCAGCCGCUGGAGGAGGCGACAACGAUGACUACUUGUCGACGACCAACGCGACUCCGCCAGUAAUCACCAGACCCACAACAGCAACCAUCACGGUAACAGACACAGAUGCAGAUCAAGAGCUCCCAAGAUAUGUCCCAUGA